AAGAAAAUUCUUCCCCCCAUUAGGAACAUAGAGCGAGAUGCCGGGAGCUAUAGGAGCUGGCCGUAGAAGCAGUAAAGCCUAACGAAACGAGUGGUAGCCACCAUAUGACCUUGAGCCAUGUGAUAAACUGUUCCAGGCGAUGGAGCUCAAAGGACUCUCCAAGGCAUGUUUCUGUCUGUAAAAAUUAACUGAACUUAUGAUCACAUGGUUUGGAAACUAGAGCAGUUCUCCUUUGGGAUAUGGAAAAAGAACUAGAUCCUACUGAUGCAUUUGCAGUAAGACUUCUGAUGAGGCAACACUGAACUGAUAGCUAUGUCUUCCAUACCCGGGCUCUCGGAGAAAGAAAGGGAUAGAAAGCCAGCAGAGAAAUAUGCUGCUUACAAAGGAGUGUCACGCUAUUCUGAUGAAAAGACACACUGGGGAGAUACCCCAAGCUUCUCGUUUGAUUACUAUGAUAAGGAUACACAAAGAGGCUCAGUUAUUUCACAACAUCAGCAUGACACAAAGCUUGAGGACUUAAGACCUGUCAGGCGGUUCUUGCCUGACUCCUUUAAGAGUUUCUUCAGGAGAAGUAGAAACAAAGGAGAACCGCUUACAGCAAGAAACCUUGGAAUUGACCACUGUUCCCCACCUGUUACCCCUCUCCUAGAUAAUUUCAGUAGAGAAUCUAGCCUUGGCGAUAAAAAAGAUCUUGCAACCAGUUUGUCCAGCAGCUUGAAAUGCAGUCAAGAGUUUCCAGUCAAUAAGCAGAUUGAUUCAUUGCCGAGGAAGAGUGAGGCAUCCACCAGCUAUGAGGAAAAGGUAGAAGCCUACACCCUAAAAUAUUCCUACAUGAAGUCCUGGCCUGGUUUGCUCAGGAUUAUGGCUGGGGUACAGCUGAUUUUGGGUGGGAUGGCCUUUGCUUGUACAUGUGCAUAUAUUCAGAAGGACUAUCAAUGGUACAACCUCUUUGGUACUGGACUCCAAAAAACAUUGCCUGGGGGUUACAGCUACUAUGGCCCAAUGACUCCUUUUGUUAUGGUCGUGACUAGUUUGGUGUGGCUCACUACACUGAUCUUGCUGGGAUUGGGCCUAACCAUGUACUACAAGACAAUUCUCCUUGACUCCCACUGGUGGCCCCUCACUGAGUUUGGCAUUAACAUUGUCAUGUUUCUUCUUUAUAUGGCUGCUGGCAUUGCCUACGUCAAUGACAUCAACCGUGGUGGCCUCUGCUACUCUGUGUUUGCUGUUAAUCCGCUGAUGGUGGCAUUCUGUAGGGUAGAAGGUGGGCAGGUGGCAGCCAUUGCUUUUCUCUUCUUCAACAUGUUUCUUUACAUGGUUAGUUCCUUUGUAUGUCUCAAAAUGUGGAGACAUGAGCAGAGGCGCAGGACAGCCGGGAAGGUUCAGAGAAUAGACAGACCAAAACGGAUAGUGUUCCAAGAUGAGGUUGAACAUUUGCGGGGAGCCAAGGGAAUAGUCACCAAGACCAUCCACUUCUCUGAGAAAGGCAGUGACACUGGCCCACUAAAUCGAUCUAUUCCAUAUGGACACCGACCAAAGCCUCAUGUGGUACCAGAUUAUUUGCUGAAGUAUCCUGAGAUUCAUACUGCCGAGGAAAGAGAGAGUUACAAAGCUGUGUUUAAUGACCAGUAUUCAGAAUAUAAGGAUCUACAUGCGGAGGUUAAGGCAGCCAUGGUGAAAUUUAAAGAGCUGGACAUCAUGAUGGAUAAGCUGACAAGGGGACCACAAAGCAAGACGGCACCAGAGAGAAUCCAAGUCAUUGCUCAAAAAUAUGAGAAAAAGAAGAAUGAACCCACGUUUAUUGAGAAAAAAGAACGCUGUAUCUAUUUGAAAGGAAAGCUGACGCACAUCAAAAAGCAGAUUCAAGCAUUUGAUCUGCACCAGGGAACUGUAUAUUUCUGAGACUUAUGUUGUUGAAAUAUCCUCACUUUUCUGUGGUUUGGGUAACUACCACAAUUGAAUAACAUGGGGCAGAUGGAUGGGCCCCAGACCUAAGAGCUGGAAGUCUGGAUUGAGCCAGGAAGACACAAAUUUUAUAACACUAACUUCCUGCAGCACAUUUCAGCUGUAAACUUAUGGAUUGGAGUCCGGACGUACCAAAAAAAGGACUACAGCAGUAGUUACAAUAUAUAGUAAUAUAAAAGGAAAAGAUAGAAUACUUAUAAUAUAGUAGGGUAACUUAAACCAACAAAGAACAAACUUGAUUUAGUUAGACAAAAGGUGGAAACUAGAAUUUGUCAUAGAACGGGUAAAUUGGGGUUAAAUGCUCCAUCUGCACUCCUAGCACAUUUUACCUUUUUCCAUGGAAUUCCUGUCAGUUUACCCAGCAUGUCAAGGGGUUUAUAGCAGCAUGGCAGUGAGCUGCAAGUACUACAUAC